CUACGAUGAUGAAUUUUAAAUAGAGACGCGCACUUUUUAAACGAACGUAUUUUUUUCCGGUAGUGCAUAAAAUUAAGUGAGAAAGUGAUUAUUGUGUUUAUUUAUUUGGAUUACUUCACUAUUGAAUAAUAUUAUUAUAGAUAUAUUAUUUAAUAUCAAAAAAACAAUAAUAUUUCUGAUUAUUAUGGGUGAAUUCAAAAGAAGUCCUAGCAAAGUAUGGUGGGGCAAUGAAAGUUUGGAAUGGCGAGAAAUUUCAGCAAGUCCUGGUAGCCAGGAUUCGGGGUUUUCGGAUUCGGAAAACUCGCCCCACAACCAGCAUCGAGAAAAAGAAUCGCCAUCCACAAAAAUAUCAAAAGAUAUUUACAAAGAGUUAUCUUCCAAAAAAAAAUCGCUAAAUUUAAUCGAAAACUUUAAAGAAAAAGUUACUCCCGAUAAAAUACUGAGAAUAAACACUGACAGAUUGGUACAGACCGAAGUAAAAAAUGCAAGGAACCGAAUAGAAAUUGAGGAGGUAAGGUCCGAACCUCGUAGAAAUAGAUAUACCAAAUAUUCGCCUAAAGUAAGCAGAAAUUUAUUCAACACGAAACCUAAAGACGCCUCAAGAAUAGAAAAUCAGUAUUCAAACGACGUUUCAGAAGAAACAACAAACUCAAACGACGACUUGUUAUCCAGUGAUUCUUUCGACUUACAAACGCAAAGUCUGCCCAUUAUCGAAUCGAACAAAUAUUUAGUUUAUGCCUUUAACAAAUCUGCACCGGCUGAAUUGAAACCGUUGCGAGAUGAUGAAUGUGUCACUUCCUUCAACAAUUCCUUGUCAAGCGACUGCGAGAGCGAGCUCGAAUGUUUAUUUGAUAGUCCAUUGGAAUCGCCAAAACACACUUCAACACCAAAAUCAACGCAAUUUCAAAAAAUGAUUAAUUUAAGAGAAAAAAUGCCUUUAGAUCUUUACCUUAAGUAUCAACAGAGAAGAGUUCCUCCAAUUUGCACAGAAACCGAUUUUGAGAAUAAAGCUGUCGAACAAUGGAUAAAAGAAGCGAAGUACAAUUGCGAACAGGAAUGCAUGAGCACCCUGCAGUGCAAAUCCAUAAUAGGUGACCUGAACCAAAGAGUAUCGCAGCUUGCGACCUGUGCCACUGAAAACAUAAGAGCCGUCUUGAAGCACGCCAGAUGUAUCGAGAUGGAAUACCAAAACCUUAAUAGCGAAACAAUGCACUUAGAACCAUUAAUUCAAAGUCUAGCUGGAAAUAUAUUGGAAUUUCUAAAGGCACACACAAGAAAUAUUAGCUCUGACAUUUUAAUACUUUACGAUGAUAUUAAGAAACCAAAGAAUACCGAAACAUUAAAACAAGUAUCAAAACUCUUCACACUAUGGCAAGAUAUCUUAAACGAAAUUUUGACAAACUCAAUUAAAACCUUAGUUGACAACCUAGAAUACCCUAAGUCAGACCUAGAUUUACGUGCUACUGUAACAGGAAUAACUUCUGUAGCCUUACGAAACGAGGAAUUAAUAGAAAUGUUCACUAAAGCUGACAUAAUACCAAUUCUACUAAUACUUUGCGAAAAAUGCGAAGGCUCUUCGCUAAGAACUUUGUUAUUAAGAGCUUUGUCAACGAUGUGUAGCAAUACGAAAGCAGUGCGUCAAUUCGAAAAAUAUUCAGGAGUACAAAUAAUAGCCGACACUCUAGAUGAAGAAUGCAGGCCAGAACCCGAGAGAUCGGAGGUGGUGGCACUUUUGGCUCAAGUUACAGCACCGUGGAUUGAAGAUAAUCAUUCCGUAAAGGGACUUGUUGAAUAUUCGAGAAGUUUGGUAAAAAGUCUAACAAAAUUUGCAUCGGCAACAAAAUGUUGCCAGAAUUUGUUGCUCUGCGUGGCUGCCACUGCCAAUCUAUCAUCUAUGGACAAUAAUUCCGUAAAAUAUAUGAUCCAAAACAAUACCGUAGAAGUGUAUUUAAGAGCAUUAAAAACCAAAGGUUCUUCCUCAAUUUACCUUCUAGAACAAUUAGCAACAUUGAUAGCAAACAUGUCAGCUAUAGAUGCAGCUAGAUCACAUCUUAGUGGAGUGGAUACCGCAGCAGCAUUGCUAUAUUUUCUACAAGCUUGCCGAUGUGGUGAAGACAUAGAAAAAAGGUUGCAGCAAAAGACAAUGAUAGCUUUAUCGAGGUUAUGCGGAGAUGCGGAUUUUGCUAAGCAAGUAGUUAAACUAGGAGGAACAGUAAAGUUGGUAUAUUUAUGCAGAGAAAAGAAGCAAAGAUAUGACAGCGAUGCCGUAUUAGUAGCAGCUCUGGCAACGCUUAGGAAAAUAGCAGACGUUUGCGGAAGCGCAGUACUAAGUGCCCAAGAUGCUCAAGAGCUAGUCGAACCCAAAUUAUUGGACUCUUUUUUAGCCUAUUCAACUCAAAAUGAAAGUUAUGUGUAAAAUAUUUUAAUAUUGUGAAAAGUCACGUAAAAAUCUUAGUUGCAAAAUUUUACAUGCAUUUUUAAAAAUAUAUUUAUAGUUUGAAAUAAUUGGUAUUGUAUUAC